GUUGUCAUUUAAACGUUGGUUGUUGCAGGGACUGUAUAGUCGCGAUUUGUGUCCGUUCUGGAUUUUAUGAAUUCUACGCGAGUCCGGUCGUAUAUUUAGAACUUCGGUCGUUCAGUUUUGUUUUGGCUGCGGCGAAAAGUUUUUUGGCGACACUAAUUACACCGCGGAUUUGGUUGUAAAUUUCGUGUGUGGAAAGUGGUUGCGAUUCUCGGUCGGUUGUCUUUCAAGUGUUACGGACAAUUUCCAUUCGAGGUCCCCGUCCUCGGUACCGGUUCAUGUGAUUUCGAAUUGCUCGUGGCAUCCCGCACCAGCAGCGCUUGAGAAGAAAAUCGGCGCGAUCUUCGAGUCUCAGUGUCCCGUUAACGAACACGGCAAAGAGUCCGGCUUUGGAACGCCGCACUGCCCGCCGUGGGGAAAACUGAAAAAAGAAACGCAUCAUCUAUAGCCGCAAGCCGAGACGGCGACGGAGACGUGACAAACCGAAUUCAAGUGACGACCGCGCAAAUACAAGUGGAUAAAUAAGUUGUUCAGUGCUGCAGCAGUUGUUGCUUUUUAGAGGGAAAAAGUGCAGAAGCGGAAAAAUUGCUUUUCACGCUUGAUUGGCGCUGGAAAACGAAUAGGCUUCGAGCCAAGUGCAGUGAUUUAGAAGGUUACAUCGGGGAUCAAGCAAGCGAAAGGCGAACAAGGAAAAAUGACUGAAAGCGCAGGUGUGAAACAGCUCGUCGGUGUAGCGGACAUCACCGAGAACCGCAACAUAUGGCGCAUGCUGGUGGCAGAGUUCCUCGGCACCUUCUUCCUGGUGUCGAUCGGCAUCGGUAGCACCAUGGGCUGGGGCGACGGUUACGCACCAACCAUGACGCAGAUCGCGUUCACCUUCGGCCUGGUGGUCGCAACGUUGGCACAGGCAUUUGGCCACGUGAGUGGAUGCCACAUCAACCCUGCGGUCACAAUCGGCCUGAUGAUUACGGCCGAUAUCAGCAUACUGAAGGGAGCCUUCUACAUCGUAUCGCAGUGUGUGGGAGCCAUCGCUGGUGCUGCUCUUAUUAAGGCUGCCACUCCAUCGGAUGUCAUCGGAGGACUCGGUGUCACCGGUAUUGACCCCCGGCUCAGCCCCGGACAGGGCGUGAUGAUUGAGGCUCUUAUCACCUUCAUUCUGGUGUUUGUCGUCCAUGGCGUUUGUGACAAUCGUCGCUCGGACAUCAAAGGAUCUGCUCCGUUGGCCAUCGGGCUGUCCAUCACUGCCGGUCAUUUGAGCGCGAUUAAAUAUACCGGCGCUAGCAUGAACCCAGCCCGUUCUUUCGGACCAGCCGUGGUUAUGGGCAACUGGACUGCUCAGUGGGUCUACUGGGUUGGUCCCAUCGUCGGAGGCAUCCUCGCUGGUGCCGUCUAUCGUCUGUUCUUCAAAAUGAACACUAACAAAGUAGGACAAGUGACUAACGACGUUCAGUACAUAUAGUCGCAGGCUAGCCCGUCUCCUACCUAUGUAGUAGCCGAUAACACCAUUAGCUACCUUAUGUGAUCCUCCAUAACAUGCAUCGGCCACUACCAUGCUAAAGUUCAAAUCCAAUCUGCCAUGUGGGGAAUAAGCGUACUAACAAACAACUGUGUGCAUGUUUGGAUUGUUGAGGCAAACAUUUAACACACCGCGCAUCAGAAAGGAGAAGCGAUUGCAGUGCUUGAACGAAUUCCACCAAAAUCGAUAAACACAUUCAACACGAAACGCCAAAAACGAGCAGAACGAUAUUUAAAACUGUUAUUCACAUUUACUGUAAGCAUAUAUUAGUAAAAAAUUGAACUAGUUCAUAUACAGUUGCACAACACAACCAACACAGGCUUCCUUAAAAUAAUCGAAAAAAAAAUCUAGUAAAAUUCAAAUUUUCUAAAUCAAAAUUCUACAAACAUCAUUGGUGCCUUAUCUCGUAGAGUACACGCUAUCUACAUUCUACACACGUUUCAAACUUGCAAACAUUUCUCGUCAAAGAUGCACGAUCCAUUGAUUCUGAAACCAAAUAAGAAAGCAGAUCGCUGCUCCACAAAUCAUCUACUAACAACCAUCAUUCGAGUUUUAAGAUCUGCAAUUCCCUAUUCUUGGCUUUUGUAUAGUUCCCUAUCUGCCCUAGGAAAAUAAACUCUUGUACAUACGCCCUUUUAACAAAACAGAGACCUUCCUCCUACACUUCACUACACUGGUAUGCUUAGGCUAAUAUUUAUGGUGUUGGGUUUAACAUAAACAGAAAUCGAUAGAAUUUGAAGCCGUUUCAUCGAUAUUCAUGGGUUAUUCAUAGUGAACUCUCUUCUAACUUCCCUGUGUGUCUGUUAAGAACUUUUCCUGUUUUCGCCCCCCUCACACUAACAAACCGGAAAAUCUGAAAUUGUUAACAUGUCAUCUCCCACGCACUCCAAUCGAAGAAAAGUGCUUUUAGGAUUUAGUUGUGUUUAGACUGUAAGCAAAUGAUUUGAAUUGUUAUCGUAAAAUGUUAUUAUAUUUUGUUCCAUCACUUAUUUAAAUCUCUUGAGAAACUGUGAAGUAAAGCGGCUUCUGUUGUGUACUUGUUGAUGGUAAGCUGAGGUUGGCCGCAAGCAGUUGUCAAACAAUAAAAAAAAGAAAUAGUCAACACACUAUUGUGCAUACAGAUGCAUUGCGUAAACCCGAAUGUAAAGUCAGUCAAGCCGUUAUGAGUAACUACAGAUAGGCAAACCCGACACAGUCGCAAUUAUUUGUUGUUUAUUGUAUCAAAUUUAACCCUACACUGCUGCGGCGAGAAUAAUUUGAGAAACAAAAAGCAAAACGUCUUUAUAUAAUAAAACGCCCGUAUUUGUAUCUUCUUGGAUGUAUUAUAUACAUUGGAAUUUACAUCAAAUUUUACUGUAAAGAGGUACGUUAAAUAAAUUAUGGAAAUACAUUUAA